AUGGGAACUUAAUAAAUUAAAGAAUAAAUAUAUUAAUCUAUAGAAAAUGGAGAUACUGUAAAAGUUUUAGCUUUAUUAUAAAAAUAUCCAUAAUAUAAAAAUCAAGAAAUAACUGAUGAUUGUAAAAACACUCCUCUUACAAGAAGUGUUUGGAGAAACGAUUUUUAAACUGUCAAAUAGUUACUUUAAAUCGGUUGUGACCCAAAUAUUACAGGUUCUAGAGGAAUAUCUCCUUUAAUGUGGGCUGCAAAAAGAGGGCAUUAAGAAAUGGCUUAAAUUUUAUUAGAAAAUGGAGCAAACAUAAAUCAAAAAUCUAAUGAUAUUAAUUGUUUAAAAUAAAUUAAUUUACUGCUCUAGAAUGUGCGAUUGUAUUCGGACAAUAUGAAAUGUGUUUAUUUUUAUUACUUAAAGAUUUAGAUUAAUUAUUCAAGAGUUCCUUUUGAAAAAUGUCCUAAUUUUUACAAAAGGCCACCUCCACCUGUUUUAAUUGAUCCAGUAGUAGACCCUAGAGAACCAAUUACUUAAAUUAUUUUGAGAAAUUUAGAAUUUAAAGAUCCUCCAUUAGUAGAAAGAAAUCAAUUAGAUUUAAAUUUAUAACCUUAAAAUAGUGUUAUUGGUAAGUUUAGACAGAUUAUUAAUGGAUAUAGCCCUUAUCCGAUAUAAUAAAAAGAAAAUUUAAAUAACGAUGAAGAAAUUGUUAUUUAAUUUUAAAAAUAAGACUAGUAAGAUGAAUUAUAAUAAUAAAAAUAAGAAUUUAUAAUCCAUUAAUUUAAUACAGAUUCAGUAAACUAAGAUCAUGUGCAAUUUUAAUGA